AUGAGCUGCUAUGAGUAUGUUUCUGAGGGCCCAGGACCAGGAGCGUAUAACAUACCGAGCAGCUUCACUUCUGCACGCUCAUCUUCUAGGUCCCAAUCGGCUGGAGCUCGCAGUAAGCGAGUUUCGGAGUCAUCAGCAACCAUCUCUGCAGUGGCUCAGAACAUGUCUCGUCUCCAUAAGCGCGUGCCCACUAAGUUAAGCGCUUCUAACUAUCAAACCGACGUAACCCCAGGGCCUGGAGCUUACAACUCGACAGGUCUGGAGCUUAAGAGUCACGGCCCCUCAUUCUCUAUAGGCCCCUCUCGUUCUCUCUCUCAGUCAGGAAUGAGGCAAACUAGUAGGUCGAAUUCUAGAUCUGCGUCCCGCUCGACCGCACUCUCUGCAGUUUCCUAUUCCUUGCUUGGAACACGUGCGACCAACCGGAGUGGCAUAGCGCAAGAUACAGCGACAGCUGGUGAAGUGCCUGGACCUGGGAUGUACGACGUAAACAUCUCAUAUGUCACGAGUAGCUCUCCUUCUUACUCCUUUGGAAUCCGCUCCAAGACUCCGAAGCAAGGCCCCGUCACCCCUGGCCCUGGUGCAUACAAUCCGCGACCUCAGAGUUCGGGCCCAUCUUUUUCGCUGAGUGGGAGAAGUCCAGUGCGUAAACCCCGUACAGAGUCUCCCGGCCCCGGGGCAUAUAAUCCUCAGCUGAAGAACACUGGUCCUUCCUUCUCCAUGGGUGGAACGAGGAGCCCUGUACGAAUACCGCAAGCAGAUAUCCCCGGCCCUGGAGCCUAUGACUACAAGUUGCGCAACAACGGUCCCGCAUUUACGAUGAGGAGCCGCAGCCCCGUCAAGCAGUACGUUGUCUAG